AUGGCCUUCAAGAGCGGGUCGUUCGCGACCUUCCUCAUUCUCUGCCCAACAUGCUUCUUCUUGGGCAUCAUCUUCUCUCUCUUCCCCUACGACUACCCAAUUCUCUGGUCGACCGUCACGACUCCCGCGAGCCACUAUGACUACUUCGAGGCGCACCUCCGCUUCCUCCAUGCCUCGCCCCCGCUGAUCCCACGCAUCCUUCAUAUCGUGAUCUUCCUCGGCCUGGCCGGCCUCGUGACAAAGCUCUACCGCCCCUCCGAGUCCAACAUGCUCUUCGACGGCGCCUCGCUCGUCCUCUACAUGUGCGGUAUCACCGUCUACAUCGCCAACAUCGUCAAGGGUCUCCGUCUCGCUUCCGCCGGCCGCUACGGCGCUGACUUGGCCACUUCGCCCGACGAGAAGGACCAGAUUCUCGGUCGCGAGGACUCCCUCAAGGUCCUGGCCGCCAGUAAUACUAUUCUCGCGCUGGUCCUGGUUGGUAUCCUGGUCCUGCAGGCCGGUCAGUGGUAUGCUGAGCGCAAAGAUGCGCAGGAGUUCGAGUCGCUGGCUGCGGGGAAGAAGGAUAAGCAUGAGGGGGCGGACUCGGCUUCCUCGGCUACGGCCUCUGGUUCGGCCAAGACCGGUCGCCAGGGAGGCCAGCGUAAGAAGAGCAAUUAG